AUGUUUGGGUGGGCAUAUGAACCGAAAAAUCGGAAAACAGAACCGGACCAGAUGAAAAAAUCGGAAAAAACCGAGUUGACUAAAAAGUCAACAAAAUCGGACCGAAUCGGACCGGACCGGUUCAAAUCGAUUCCGGUUUCGAUUUUACACAAGACAACACCGGACCGGAUCUUACCAGACCGGUCCAUCUCGACCAAGCUGCCGCUCCUCUUCUCCGUCUCUCUCUGUGUCUGCUUCUCUUCUCUCAGACCAAGCUGCUGCUCCUCUUCUCCGUCUCUCUCUGGAUUGUCCGUUGCUAGCCUUAGCAGGUCUGGUAGGUCAUCAUUACAUGAUCCAUGGGCCAACAAUGUGACCUGGCAUAAAGGAAACCUUCUAUCACCUGAGUCAUUGAAGGAUGCUCUCGAUGGUGUCACGUCUGUUAUAUCCUGUGUUGGUGGGUUUGGCUCCAAUUCUUACAUGUAUAAGAUUAAUAGGACUGCUAAUAUAAAUGCAAUUAGAGCUGCUUCUGAACAAGGUGUGAAACGAUUUGUGUAUGUCUCUACCGCUGAUUUUGGUGUGGUAAAUUACUUACUGCGAGGAUAUUAUAAGGGGAAGAGAGCUGCAGAAACAGAGCUACUAACCAAAUUCCCUUAUGGAGGAGUGAUUUUGAGGCAUGGAUUGAUAAAUAAUUAGGUGCUGAUUUUUAAAUAUUAAAAGAGGGAUGGACCAAUGUGAACAGUUGCCUAG